AUGGCGUCGGGGCGUAAGGACAGACAGAAGGAGAGGGACCGGCAGAGGGAGAGGGAGAGGGCCCUGCUAGACAGCUAUGGAGAGAGGAGCUUCCCUGCCCCUUUCCCUGGGGACACACUCCCCUGGAACCUGGCCAAACACCAGAGGGUCAAACGCUCUAAGUCUGCCUCAGGCGCCGGGGACGUCCUGGACCCGGCUGAGAGGGCCGUCAUCCGCAUCGCAGAUGAACGGGAUCGAGUACAGAAAAAGACCUUCACAAAAUGGGUGAACAAACACUUGAUGAAGUCACAGAGUCAGGUGACUGAUCUGUAUGAAGACCUGAGAGAUGGACACAACCUGAUCUCCCUCCUGGAGGUCCUCUCCGGGGAGACACUGCCCAGAGAGAAAGGCCGCAUGAGAUUCCACAAGCUGCAGAAUGUACAGAUGGCACUGGACUUCCUCAAACACCGACAGGUCAAGCUGGUGAACAUCAGAAACGAUGACAUCGCGGAUGGCAACCCCAAGCUGACCCUUGGGCUGAUAUGGACCAUCAUCCUUCACUUCCAGAUCUCGGACAUCCAGGUGAAUGGCCAGUCAGACGACAUGUCGGCCAAGGAGAAGCUGCUGAUGUGGUCCCAGCGCAUGGUGGACGGCUACCAGGGCAUCCGUUGUGACAACUUCACCACCAGCUGGAGGGACGGCAAGCUCUUCAACGCCGUCAUCCACAAACACCAGCCUAGACUCAUUGACAUGAGUAAGGUGUACCGCCAGACCAACGCGCAGAACCUGGAGUACGCCUUCAACGUGGCCGAGAAGGACCUGGGCGUGACGCGCCUGUUGGAUCCGGAGGAUGUUGACGUGCCACAUCCUGAUGAGAAGUCCAUCAUCACCUACGUGUCGUCCCUGUAUGAUGCCAUGCCCCGGGAUGUCCAGGAUGGAAUCCAGGCUAACGAGCUGGAGCUGCGCUGGACCGAGUACUAUGAGCUGGUCACUAUCAUUCGGCAGUGGAUAAGCCACCAUGUCGUUAUCUUCGGGGAGAGGAGGUUCCCAGGCAGCUAUGAGGAGAUAGAGAUCCUGUGGCGUCAGUUCUUGAAGUUCAAAGAGACAGAACUGCCUGCAAAGGAGGCCGACAAGCACCGUUCCAAACUCAUCUACCAGUCCUUUGAGAGUGCAGUGCAUGCUGGUCAGGUCAAGGUUCCUCCAGGCUACCAUCCAAUUGAUGUGGAGAAGGAAUGGGGCCGUCUGCACGUGGCCAUCCUUGAGAGAGAACGACUGCUCAGGAUAGAGUUUGAGAGGCUAGAGCGACUCCAGAGGAUCGUCAGCAAAGUCCAGAUGGAGUCAGGUGUGUGUGAGGAGCAGCUCAACCAGCUGGACACCCUGCUGCAGACGGACAUCCGUCUCCUGAGUGCAGGGAAGCCGGCUCAGCACACUGCCGAGGUGGGGCGGGACCUGGACAAGGCAGACGGCAUGAUCCGCCUGCUCUUCAACGACGUGCAGCAGCUCAAAGAUGGGCGCCACCUGCAGGCCGAGCAGAUGUACCGCAGGGUAUACCGCCUUCACGAGCGUCUUGUGAACCUGCGCACCGAUUACAACCUGCGUCUCAAGUCGCAGGUGACGACCACCCAGAUGAUCCAGACCCAGACCAUCCAGCAGUCGUCCUCCAGGGUGCGUCCCGAGCUGGACGAGGUGACCCUGCGCUACGCCCAGGACCUGCUGACCUGGGUGGAGGAGAGUCAGAGGCGGAUUGACGAGGCCGAGUGGGGCUCGGACCUGCCCACCGCGGAGUCUCAGCUGGGCAGCCACCGGGGCCUGCACCAGACCGUGGAGGACUUCCGCGCCAAGAUCGAACGGGCCAAGGCUGACGAGAGCCAGCUAUCCCCAGUCAGUAAGGGGACGUACAGUCAAUACCUGGGCAAACUGGACCUUCAGUAUGCCAAGCUGCUGAACUCCUCCAAGUCUCGUCUGCGUAACCUGGACUCGCUCUAUGUGUUUGUCAGCGCGGCAACCAAGGAGCUGAUGUGGCUCAACGACAAAGAGGAGGAGGAGGUCAACUACGACUGGAGCGACCGUAACACCAACAUGACUGCCAAGAAAGACAACUACUCGGGUCUGAUGCGUGAGCUGGAGCUGAGAGAGAAAAAGGUCAACGACAUCCAGGCCACAGGAGACAAGAUGCUGAAGGAGGGCCACCCUGGCAAGAAAACAGUGGAGGCCUUCACAGCAGCCCUGCAGACUCAGUGGAGCUGGAUCCUCCAGCUGUGUUGUUGCAUCGAGGCUCACCUCAAAGAGAACACAGCUUACUACCAGUUCUUUUCGGACGUGAAAGAAGCUGAGGAGAGGAUGAAGAAGAUGCAGGAGACGAUGAAGAAGAAGUACAGCUGUGAUCGCGCCACUACGGCCACGCGACUAGAGGACCUGCUGCAGGAUGCGAUGGAGGAGAAGGAACAGCUGAACGAGUUUAAGACUCACGUGGCCGGCCUGAACAAGAGGGCCAAGACCAUAAUCCAGCUGAAGCCUCGUAACCCCACCAAGUCCAUCAAGGGCAAACUGCCCAUCCAGGCCGUGUGUGACUUCAAACAGAUGGAGAUCACCGUCCACAAGGGAGAGGAGUGUGCUCUCAUCAACAACUCCCCACAGCCCAACAAGUGGAAGGUCCUGAACCGCUCAGGCAUUGAGGCGGUCGUGCCUUCAGUCUGCUUUCUGGUUCCACCUGUCAACAAGGAGGCUAUGGACAGUGUGUCCAGUCUGGACUCUGGUCACCAGUCGAUGCUGGUCCUGUGGCAGAGAAUGCACGUGGACAUGAAGAGCAUGCUUUCCUGGCAGUACCUGACGAGAGACAUCACACAGAUACGUACCUGGAACAUCACCAUGUUUAAGACCAUGAAGGUGGAGGAGUACAGGCUGAUUAUGAGGAACCUGGAGCUUCACUAUCAGGACUUCAUGCGUGACAGUCAGGAUUCCCAGCUGUUUGGUCCACACGACCGUAUGCAGAUCGAGGGCGACUACUCGAAGACCACACAGUACUACGACAACCUUCUGCGCUCUGUGGAGAAAGGUGAGCAGGACGAGUCGAUGUGUGUGACCUACAUCACCCAGAUCAAGGACCUGCGUCUACGGAUAGAGGACUGCGAGGCUCGUACCGUGGCCCGCAUCCGCAAGCCCGUGGACAAGGACCCCAUCCAAGACUCUGCCCAGAAGACCACCGACCAGAAGAAAGUCCAAGUGGAGCUUGAGGGCAUCAAGAGGAACCUGGACCAGGUGGCCGUGAAGACCGAGGAGGUCCUGAGUACCACUCCUCAGCAGUCCAGCACUGCGCCUGUCCUGCGCUCUGAACUGGAGUUCACCCUGAAGAAGAUGGACCAUGCCUACAUCCUCUCCUCUGUCUAUCUAGAGAAGCUGAAGACGGUGGACGUGGUCAUCCGCAACACGCAGGGGGCCGAGGGCGUUCUGAAGAAGUACGAGCAGCGACUGCGCGAGGUCCAAACGGUUCCCAAUGACGUCAAGGAGGUGGAGACGUACCGCACCCAGCUCAAGAAAAUGCGCGCUGAAGCGGAGGGUGAAAAGCCUGCAUUCGAUUCUCUGGAGGGCGAGCUCGGAAAGGCGGCAGCCGUGAGCGAGAAGAUGUCUCGUGUGCACAGUGAGCGUGACGCUGAGUUGGACCACUACCGUCAUCUCCUGUCCGGUCUCCAGGACCGCUGGCAAGCUGUGUUCUCCCAGAUGGACCUGCGUCAGCGGGAGCUGGAGCAGCUCGGUCGCCAGCUGGGUUACUACAGAGAGAGCUACGACUGGCUCAUCCAGUGGAUCGGUGACGCCAAGCAGAGGCAGGAGAAGAUCCAGGCCGUGUCCAUCAGCGACAGCAAGACUCUGAAGGAGCAACUGGCCCAGGAGAAGAAACUUCUGGAAGAGAUCGAGCAAAACAAAGAGAAAGUUGACGAGUGUCAGAAAUAUGCGAAGGCGUAUAUCGACACUAUCAAGGAUUAUGAACUCCAGUUGGUGGCCUACAAAGCACAGGUGGACCCUCUCUCGCCGCUGAAGAAAACCAAAAUGGAUUCUGCCUCAGAUAACAUCAUUCAAGAGUAUGUGACGCUAAGAACCCGCUACAGCGAGCUGAUGACUCUGACCAGUCAGUACAUCAAGUUCAUCACGGAGACACAGCGUCGCCUAGAGGGCGAGGAGAAAGCUGCUGAGAAAAUGAAAGCGGAAGACAGGAAAAAAAUGGCAGAGAUGCAGGCUGAGUUAAACAAACAGAAGCAGCUAGCUGAAUCUCAUGCAAAGGCCAUUGCCAAGGCCGAGCAGGAAGCUCAAGAGCUGAAGCUCAUGAUGCAGGAGGAAGUCAGCAGGAGACAAGUUGUUUCUGUAGAUGCAGAAAAGCAAAAGCACAAUAUCCAGCUGGAACUACAUGAGCUCAAAAAUCUCUCAGAGCAGCAGAUCAAGUCCAAGAGUCAUCAGGUAGAAGAAGCCAAUCAGAGCAGAGUCAAGAUUGAGGAGGAGAUCCGUAUCAUCAGGAUCCAGCUGGAGACCACUGUCAAACAGAAGUCUACCGCUGAGGAUGAGCUCAAGCAACUCCGGGAAAAGGCGUCUGAAGCCGAGAGGCUGAGGAAGCUUGCACAGGAGGAGGCUGAGAAGCUCCGCAAACAGGUCAACGAGGAGACCCAGAAGAAACGCAAGGCAGAGGAAGAGCUCAAGUUAAAGUCUGAGGCUGAGAAGGAGGCUGCCAAGCAGAAGCAGAAGGCUCUGGAAGACCUUGAGAAGCUGAAGAUGCAGGCGGAGGAGGCGGAGAGACGCAUGAAGCAAGCUGAAGUGGAGAAGGAGAGGCAGAUCAAGGUUGCCCAGGAGGUGGCACAGAAGAGUGCUGCCACCGAACUCCAGAGCAAACGCAUGUCCUAUGUUGAAAAGACAUCAAAGCUGGAGGAAUCACUCAAACUAGAGCAUGUCACUGUCAUCCAGCUGCAGGAGGAGGCAGCUCGUCUCAAGAAGCAACAGGAAGAGGCAGAUAUGGCCAGGGAGGAGGCGGAGAAGGAGUUAGAGAAAUGGAGGCAGAAGGCCAAUGAGGCACUCCGCUUAAGGCUCCAGGCUGAGGAAGAAGCUCACAAAAAGAGUCGUGCCCAGGAGGAUGCCGAGAAACAGAAGGAGGAAGCUGAGCGCGAGGCCAGGAAGAGGGCUAAAGCUGAGGAGUCCGCACUGAAACAGAAAGAUAUGGCAGAGCAAGAGCUGGAGAGGCAGAGGAGGCUAGCUGAGGGAACUGCUCAGCAGAAACUCUCAGCAGAACAGGAGUUAAUCCGGCUAAGGGCAGACUUCGACCAUGCUGAGCAACAGAGAUCCCUGCUUGAUGACGAGCUGUACCGCCUGAAGAAUGAAGUCAGUGCAGCUGAGCAGCAAAGGAAACAGCUCGAAGAUGAACUGGCCAAAGUGAGGAGUGAAAUGAAUAUACUCCUGCAGCUAAAGUCCAAGGCAGAAAAGGAGAGCAUGUCCAACACUGAGAAGAGCAAACAGCUCCUCGAAUCUGAAGCUGCAAAAAUGAGGGACCUUGCUGAAGAGGCAGGCAAACUUAGAUCCAUCGCUGAGGAAGCCAAGCGACAAAGGCAAGUUGCUGAGCAAGAAGCAGCUCGUCAAAGAGUAGAAGCUGAAAGGAUCCUCAAAGAGAAGCUUGCUGCCAUUAACGAGGCAACUCGCAUGAAGACUGAAGCAGAAAUUGCCCUCAAAGAAAAAGAGGCUGAGAAUGAGCGACUCAGACGACAAGCUGAGGAUGAAGCUUACCAGAGGAAAGCUCUGGAAGACCAAGCCAGCCAGCACAAGCAACAUAUUGAAGAAAAGAUCAAUCAACUCAAGAAGUCAUCUGAGAAUGAGUUGGGAAGACAAAAGACACUUGUAGAUGAAACUCUCAAGCAGAGACGAGUGGUUGAGGAGGAAAUUCGCAUUCUCAAGCUAAACUUUGAGAAAGCCUCAUCUGGCAAGCUUGAUUUGGAGCUGGAGUUGAAUAAACUGAAAAACAUUGCAGAGGAAACACAACAGAGUAAACUCCAAGCUGAAAAGGAGGCUGAGAAACACAGGAAACUUGCCCUGGAGGAGGAGAAACGCAGGCGCGAAGCAGAGGAAAAGGUCAAAAAGAUCACUGCUGCAGAGGAAGAAGCAGGCAGACAGUGCAAAAAUGCGCAGGAGGAAGUGGAGCGCCUCAAAAAGAAAGCAGAUGAAGCCAAAAAGCAGAAAGAGGAUGCUGACAAGGAAGCAGAAAGACAGAUCCUCGUAGCCAAACAAGCAGCACAAAAAUGCAAUGCAGCAGAACAGCAAGUUCAGAGUGUCCUUGUCCAACAGAAGGAGGACAACCUCACGCAGAAACAGCUCAAGGAAGAGUAUGAGAAAGCCAAGAUGCUUGCGAAACAGGCAGAGCUUGCCAAGGAAAAGGCAGAGAAGGAGGCUGCUCUUCUCCGGCAACAAGCUGAGGAUGCAGAACGCCAAAAACAGGCCGCUGAACUCGAAGCUGCCAACCAAGCCAAAGCUCAAGAGGAAGCCGUGAAAUUGAGAAAGGAGGCAGAGUUUGAAGCUGCCAAGCGAGCACAGGCUGAGGCUUAUGCAAUCAAACAGAAACAACAAGCAGAUGCUGAGAUGGAAAAGCACAAAAAGCUUGCAGAGCAAACAGUGAGUCAAAAGUCUCAGGUAGAGAAAGAGCUCACAAAGGUCAGGCUUCAGCUGGAUGAAACUGACAAGCAAAAAUCUGUCUUAGACGAGGAGCUGCAGCGCUUAAAGGACGAAGUCGGUGAUGCGGUCAAGCAGAAGGCCCAGGUGGAAGAGGAGUUAUUCAAAGUCAAGAUUCAGAUGGAGGAGCUGGUCAAACUGAAACUCAGAAUUGAGCAGGAGAACCAGCGUCUUAUCAAAAAGGACAAGGAUAACACUCAGAAAUUCCUGGCUGAGGAAGCUGAGAACAUGAAGAAGCUUGCAGAAGAAGCUGCCAGACUCAGUGUGGAAGCCCAGGAUGCUGCACACAUGAGACAGAUCGCUGAAUCUGACCUCUCCCAACAGAGGGCACUUGCAGAGAAGAUGCUAAAGGAGAAGAUGCUCGCCAUUCAGGAAGCAUGUAAACUGAAAGCAGAGGCUGAGAUGCUCCAAAGACAGAAGGACCUGGCUCAAGAGCAGGCCCAGAAGCUGCUUGAGGAUAAACAACUGAUGCAGCAGCGUCUCGAGGAAGAGACUGAGGGCUUCCAGAAAUCCUUGGAAGCUGAGCGCAGGAGACAGCUGGAGAUCACAGCCGAAGCUGAAAACCUCAAAGUCAAAGUGUCCCAACUUAGUGAUGCUCAGUCCAAAGCAGAGAAUGAGGCCAAGAAAUUCAAGAAGCAAGCAGAUGAGAUCAGUGCCCGUCUUCAUCAGACAGAGCUAGCAACUAAAGAGAAAUUGACUGUUGUAGAGAAACUUGAAGUGCAGCGACUGAGCAGCAACAAAGAGGCUGAUGAGUUACGCAAAGCCAUCGCUGAUCUAGAAAAGGAGAAGGACAAACUGAAAAAGGAGGCUGAAGACCUACAGAAUAACUCUAAAGAGAUGGUCAAUGCUCAGCAGAAACAAAUCCAACACGAGAAGACAGUACUCCAACAGACAUUCGUCACAGAGAAGGCGGAGCUGUUGAAGAAGGAGAAACAAAUUGAAGAGGAGAAGAAGAAGCUGGAGAACCAGUUUGAGGAAGAGGUCAAGAAGGCCAAGGCCCUCAAAGAAGAACAGGAACGCCAGAGGAAACAAAUGGAGGAGGAGAGAAAUAAACUUCAGGCUACCAUGGAUGCUGCCCUCAACAAACAAAAAGAGGCUGAGAAAGAAAUGCUCAACAAGCAAAAAGAGAUGCAGGAGCUUGAAAGGAAACGACUUGAACAGGAAAAGCUGCUUGGCGAGGAGAACAAGAAACUUCGUGAGAAACUGCAGCAGCUCGAGGUCGCCCAUAAAGAGCCAAUUUCCCACACCAGAGAAAUCGAUAUCCAGACUGACAAUGUGCCCGAGGAUGAACUGAUCCAUAUGACCAUGGUGGAGACAUCAAAGCAGGUUAUCAAUGGCCAAAGUGUUGGGGAUGAGGUUGACAGGAAGAAGGAUACAUUGUCUUUUGAUGGCAUCCGCGAGAAAGUCCCUGCAAGCAGACUUUAUGAAGUUGGCCUUUUGACGAAAAAGGAGUUUGAUAAACUGAAGAAUGGCAAAGCUACUGUGCAAGACCUCAGCCAGACGGAUAAGUUAAGAACAAUUCUGCAGGGCAAGAACUGUAUAGGGGGUGUCUUGACACAGUCUAAUCAGAAAAUGGCAAUAUAUCAAGCUAUGAAAGAAAAGAAAAUUACUCCUGGUUGGGCUUUGAUCCUCCUAGAGGCACAGGCAGCAUCUGGCUAUGUAGUAGACCCAGUUAAAAACAAGAAACUCUCUGUCAGUGAGGCUGUGAAGGAAGGCCUGAUCGGACCUGAGCUGCACAACAAAAUGCUGUCUGCUGAGAGAGCUGUCAUUGGUUACAAAGACCCUUACACCGGUAACAAGAUCUCACUCUUUGAAGCUAUGAAGAAGGGCUUGAUUGACAGAGACCAUGCCAUUAGGCAACUUGAGGCUCAGAUAGCUACUGGUGGACUCAUUGACCCCAUAAACAGCCACCGUGUGCCCAUCGAGACUGCAUACAAACAGGGGCAGUUUGAUGCUGAGAUGAACAAGAUACUGGAGGACCCUUCGGACGACACCAAGGGAUUCUUUGAUCCUAACACCCAGGAGAACUUAACAUACCAUCAGCUAAUGCAGAGAUGCAGCACAGAUCCGGAGACAGGAGUGCUGCUCCUGCCCAUCACUGACAAGGCUGCUCUGAGCACGUCAAACUACACAGAGGAGGAGACCAAGGAUGUGUUCAGCAAGACGACCGUCUCUGUGCCAUUCGGAAAAUUCAAAGGAAAGACUGUAACUAUCUGGGAAAUCAUCAAUUCUGAGUACUUUACCGAGGACCAGAGAAAGGAUCUUAUUCGUCAGUACAAGACCGGAAAGAUCACAGUGGAAAAAAUCAUCAAGAUUGUUAUCACCAUGGCAGAGGAAAAGGAAAAAAAGAAUGAAAUCGCUUUUGAGGGUCUGAGGAGACCUGUCCUUGCUACUGAACUACUGGAGUCCAAGAUAAUCGACAAAGACCUCUACAACAAGCUGCACACGGGCAAUAAAACAAUCAAAGAGGUGUCUGAAAUGGAGCCUGUUCACAAAUCCUUGAAGGGUACAAACUGCAUUGCGGGUGUAGUUAUUGACUCAACUAAGGAGACUAUGUCUUUCUAUCAAGCCAUGAAGAAGGAUAUGAUGAGGGUAGGGCCUGCUUUAACUCUGCUGGAAGCACAAGCAGGAACAGGAUUUGUUGUUGAUCCUAUAAAGAAUCAGAAGUUCACUGUCGAUGAAGCUGUGAAAGCAACUGUCAUUGGUCCUGAGCUGCAUGAAAAACUACUGUCAGCUGAAAGAGGUGUUACAGGCUACAAAGAUCCUUACACGGGAAAGACUGUGUCUUUGUUCGAAGCAAUGAAGAAAGAACUCAUUCCAAAAGAUCAGGGCAUCAGACUCUUAGACGCGCAGCUUGCAACAGGAGGCAUCAUUGAUCCAGUGAAAAGCCACCGCAUCCCACAUGAUGUUGCCUGUAAACGAGGCUUCUUUGAUGAUGAAAUGAAGCAGAUUCUGAAUAAUCCAACUGAUGAUGUUAAAGGUUACUUUGACCCCAACACACAGGAAAAUGUCACAUACGCACAGCUAUACAAGAGAUGUGUCACUGACAAUAAAUCUGGCCUUCAGCUUCUUCCUCUGUCUGAGCAAGCAAUCAAUGCAAAGGAAGAGCAUACAUACACAGACGUCCAAACCAAAGAGACCAUGAGCCAAGCAACAAUGGAGCUGCAGUCUGGUCCUUUCAAAGGGAGGAAACUCACUAUCUGGGAAAUUAUCCACUCUGAAUAUAUUACAGAGGAACAGAGAAUUGACCUGAUGAGGCAGUAUAGGUCUGGAAAGAUUACAAUAGAAAAGAUCAUCACGAUUGUGAUCACCAUUGUAAAUGAGAAAGAGGCUAAGAAACAAGAGCAAGACAGCUUCAAGGGGCUUAGAGCACCGGUUUCUGCCAAGUCACUGUUUGAUUCCAAAAUCAUUGACAAAGCUACGUUUGACAUGCUCCAACAAGGCAAAAAGACACCUACACAGGUCAGCGAAAAUGUCAAUGUAAGCAAGUACCUACAGGGCUCUGACAGUAUUGCUGGUGUCUACCUUGAACCAACAAAGGAGAAGAUCAGCAUUUAUCAAGCUAUGAAGAAAAAUCUUCUGAGACACAACACAGGCCUGUCACUUCUAGAGGCCCAAGCUGCCACAGGGUUCAUUAUAGAUCCAGUGAAGAACCAGUACCUGUCAGUGGAUGAUGCAGUUAAAGCAGGCAUUGUCGGCCCUGAGCUACAUGAGAAACUGCUUGCUGCUGAAAAAGCAGUCACUGGUUACAAAGAUCCCUUCACGGGCAAAACAAUCUCUCUCUUCCAAGCAAUGGAAAAAGAUCUAAUCAUUAAAGAGCAUGUCAUGCCACUCUUGGAGGCCCAACUGAGUUCAGGAGGAAUCAUUGAUCCUGUGAACAGCCACCGCGUUCCUAUUGAGGUUGCCUAUCAGAAGAGCUUUUUCAGCAAAGAAAUGACACACAACUUCUCGGAACCAUCUGACGAUAACAAAGCUUUCUCAGACCCCAAUUCAGAUGAUAAAGUAACAUACAAACAGCUGAAAGAGAAGUGCACUAGAGAUCCUGAUUCAGGCAUGAACCUUCUACCUCUUUCCAAGCCACAGGCCCCUACUGUGGUGGAGAAGACAUACCUCUACACGGAGGAACAGACACAGAAUGACCUGGCCACAUCACAAAUUGACCUCCCCAGUUCACUUGAGUCUCUUGCUGGAGGGUCAAAAAGUCUCUGGGACAUCAUGAACUCAAAUCUACUUCCUGAGCAAGAGAGGAAGAAGCUGAUGGAGGAGUAUCGUUCUGGCAGUAUCACUAAAGAGCGCAUGAUCAUCAUCAUUAUUGAGAUUAUGGAGCAGAGAGAGAUCAUCAGAGGUGAAACUGUUAAGUCCUGCAACACAAUCAGACGUAGGGUCACUAUCGAGGAGCUCUACAAUUCCCGUAUCAUUGACCUGGAGACAUUCAACCUGCUGAAGCAAGACAAAAGAAACAUCCGUGACAUUAUGGAGAUGCAGAGUGUGAAGCAGUAUCUGUUUGGCACGGGCUGCGUUGCUGGCGUCAUAGCUGACUCCACUUCCAGGAUGAGCAUUUAUUCAGCGAUGAAGAGAGGGUUCUUGAAGCCUGAAAUUGCCCUUAGUCUCCUGGAAGCACAAGCAGCAACAGGAUUCAUAAUUGAUCCUGUGAGAAACGAGACCCUCACUGUUGAUGAGGCUGUCCGCAAGGGUGUGGUCGGCCCUGAGAUCCACGACAGACUUCUGUCAGCUGAGAGAGCGGUCACAGGCUACAAGGACCCUUACAGUGGCAAAAUCAUAUCUCUCUUCCAAGCAAUGAAAAAGGACCUUGUUCUGGAGGAUUAUGCUCUGAAAAUGUUGGAGGCUCAGACUGCCACAGGAGGCAUUAUGGAUCCUGAAUUCUACUUCCACCUCCCAGCAGACAUUGCCACACAGAGAGGAUACAUCAACAAGGAAACAAAUGAAAGGCUUGCUGAUGACGUAAAGGGAUUUGUUGACCCUGUCACUGAGGAGAAACUUUCUUAUGCCCAAUUACUCAAGAGAUGCAAGAUUGACCCUACCAAUGGGAUGCGCUUGCUGUCACUGGGAGACAAGAGACUGACGUUCAAAGGUCUUAGAAAACAGAUCACCAUAGAGGAGAUGUUACGCUCUCAGAUCAUCGACCAACAGACGGUCACUGAGCUGAAUGAAGGUCUGAUUUCAGUGGAAGAGGUUAGCCGUAGACUCCAAAAAUACCUUGAGGGCACAAGCUGUAUUGCUGGUGUUUAUGUAGAGGGAACUAAUGACCGUCUAUCAAUCUACCAAGCCAUGAAAAAGAACAUGAUCAGGCCAGGAACUGCCUUUGAACUGCUGGAGGCUCAGGCUGCCACAGGCUAUGUAAUUGACCCAAUCAAAAAUCUCAAACUUACUGUCAAUGAAUCUAUCAAGAUGGGAAUAGUGGGGCCAGAAUUCAAAGACAAGCUUCUCUCUGCUGAGCGUGCCGUGACAGGUUACAGAGACCCCUAUUCCGGAAAGACAAUCUCUCUGUUCCAGGCCAUGAAGAAGGGGCUCAUCUUAAAAGACCAUGGAAUACGUCUCCUUGAGGCUCAGAUUGCCACUGGCGGAAUCAUUGACCCAGAGGAGAGUCAUCGCUUGCCAGUGGAGGUGGCCUACAACCGUGGCCUCUUCGACGAGGAGAUGAAUGAGAUUCUCACAGAUCCAUCAGAUGACACCAAGGGUUUCUUUGAUCCCAACACUGAGGAGAACCUGACCUACCUUGGGCUAAUGGAGAGGUGCAUCACUGACCCAGCUACUGGCCUUGUGCUCCUGCUCCUGAAGGAGAAGAAGCGCGAGAGACAGACCUCCUCCAAAUCCUCUGUCCGCAAACGCAGAGUGGUCAUUGUGGACCCAGAGUCAGGCAAAGAGAUGACUGUCUAUGAGGCAUAUAGAAAGCAGCUCAUUGACCAUCAGACCUACCUAGAGCUUGCUGAGCAGGAGUGUGAGUGGGAAGAGAUCACACAGACAUCCUCUGAUGGCGUUGUCAAGUCAAUGAUCAUCGACAGACGGUCAGGAAGACAGUAUGACAUUGAUGACGCCCUCGCACGAGGCCUCAUCGACCAGACUUCACUUAGUACAUACCGCUCCGGAAACCUGUCCAUCACUGAGUUUGCUGACAUGCUGUCUGGAAACAUGGGUGGUUUCCGCUCCCGGUCAUCCUCUUUUGGUUCCACCUCUGGUUCCACCUCAUCAUCAUACAAUCCCAUGAGCCCCAUACCCUCCAUUAGACCCCCUGCAAUAAUGUGGAAUGACCCCACAGAGGAGACUGGCCCUGUAGCUGGAAUCCUGGAUACAGACACUUUGGAGAAGGUGUCAGUCACAGAGGCCAUGCACAGGAACCUUGUGGACAAUAUCACAGGCCAAAGACUACUUGAGGCACAAGCCUGCACAGGGGGCAUAAUCGACCCAACUACUGGGGAACGAUUCGCUGUUACUGAGGCAACCGAGAAAGGGCUUGUGGACAAGGUGAUGGUGGACCGUAUCAACCUGGCUCACAAAGCUUUCAAUGGAUUUGAGGACCCAAGAACCAAAGUGAAAAUGUCUGCCUCCCAAGCUCUAAAGAAAGGCUGGCUGUAUUAUGAAGCUGGGCAACGUUUUCUGGAAGUCCAAUACCUUACGGGGGGGCUGAUUGAACCUGAUGUUGAGGGCAGAGUCUCUCUGGACGAAUCCAUCAGAAAGGGCACAAUUGAUGCUCGCACUGCUCAGAAGCUGAGAGAUGUGAGUGCUUACUCCAAAUACCUGACAUGUCCCAAAACCAAACUAAAAAUCUCUUACAAAGAUGCCAUGGACAGAAGCAUGGUUGAGGAAGGAUCUGGCCUGCGACUGCUGGAGGCCUCCUCACAGUCAAGCAAAGGGCUGUACAGCCCAUACAAUGCCAGCAAUUCCGGGUCAGCCGCUGGCUCCCGGUCCGGGUCCAGGACUGGAUCCAGAACAGGAUCCAGAAGAGGCAGCGUUGAUGCCACAGGUUCCGGUUUCAGUAUGAACUUCUCAUCCUCCUCCUACACCAGCUCCAGCAGUUACGGUGGCCGCCGAUAUGAUGCAGGACCUCAUAAUGGGCUCAUCAUGGAUGAGCUAGCCCAAGCCCUUACAGCUCUAGCAAUGAUCAGGCCAUGCAGCUCAGAAGAACAACGAGCCUUCCCAAUGAUGAUACCGAUGCAUACCACAAGAGGGGUGACGAGGAGGAGGGAGUCAGAGGAGUGGAGCCAAUGGCAGGGGGAGUUCAGAGGUCAAAUCCGAGCCCUGCGACACUGGCUGAAGAGCAUGGAGAUGAGGCUACCUCCUCUGGACCAUACGGUUCAGAUCUCUGGGACGGAGAAGGUAAAAAUUCCCCCUGGGAUCCAUGCAAUGGCCUACGUCAUCUGCGUUGCAGACAUGUGCAUAGUACGACUGAUUAUGGGUAAUCUGAUCAGUCGGCCCAGCUGCCUGGGCCAGAAGUCCAAGCAGGUGAGGUCCGACGAGGACUUCCUGAAGGAGUGCUACCAGCGGCGUCGCGAAUGGCAAGCUCCGCCCCUGACGCACCACGGGGAGGCCAGGCGGGAGGAGGUGGUCAGAGAGAGGGAGGAGGAGGAGAGGGUGACAGACAGGACGAAGGAGGGUGAGGUGGAGGACGAGGUGUCUCACGGUGACACCCCUCCCUCGGACAAACCCCUCAGGACCAACCCCUCCCCCACCCCGACGGUCACCACCACCAGUACUCUGGACAAUGCCUUGCGCGGCACCCCCUCCCCCAUCAAGACUUCCAGUAACAGCACCCUGACCAGGAAGGCCGUGGUCCAAGAGAUCCCCUAUGGGAGAUCCCCUCUAGCCCAGCCCGGCUCAGUCCCGGGCUCAGCGGAGAGGAGGGCCAGCUUCCAGAGGAGAGACUCCAGAGAAGGAAGCCUCCAGAGGAGAGACUCCAGAGAGGGCAGCCCCUGGUCCUGGAAGACCUUGGCCUCCCGCGAGGUCACGGAGGUGACGGAAGUGACAGAGACAGUCGUGACAGAGAUUGUGGAGGUGACGGAGUACCCGUCUGGAGAGAAGGGCGGAGACGCCAUAGUCACCAGGACUCUGCAAAGCGAUGGACAUUCUAGUUCAGACCAAGAUUCCAACUCGGACCGUUGGAGGGGAACGAGAUCCGCCUUGACUCUGAGAGACGAUUUUGCAGAUUCUGAAAAGUUCCAUCAAUCCCUGGAAGCACUGUUGACCUGGGUCUGUGAGAUAGAGGAGCUGACAGCCAAUCAGAAGCCUCCAUCUUCAGAGGUCAAAGUGGUGAAAGCACAGCUGCAAGAGCAGAAGCUCCUGCAGCGUCUCCUAGAGGACCGGAGGCACAGUAUGGAGACCAUGAUGCUGGAGGGCCCUCAUGUGGCCGAGGCUUUCCCAGGGGAGGAGGUGGAGCAGGCCAGGGUCCAGCUCUCCAUGCUCAGACACAAAUGGGAGGCCUUACUGGUAGAUGCGGUGAACAGGCGGGGCAAUCUGGAGCUCAUCCUGCCCAGCUCCAAGCUCUUCCAGGAGAGGGUGGGCAGCCUGCAGCAAUGGCUCAUCUCUGUGGAGCAGGAUCUGGCCAAGCUACGCAAUGCUGAGAGGGAAAUGCUACACCUCCCCGAGGCUACGGAGGAAGCCAAGGCUGUGGUGGAAGAGAUCAAGGCGAAAAACGCUGACUUGGUGAAAAUUCAACAGAGCGGUCAUGACCUCAAGGAGAAGAUUUCAGAAGAGGAAGCCCAGCAGGUGCAGGAGCGUGUGGACAGCCUGAGGAUACGCUGCUCGGUGUUGAGCCUGACCAGUGGUGACGUGCUGCAGAGACUGGAGCAGGCCCUGGAGGCAUCCAGCCGCUGCACCUCCAGCCAGGAAGACCUCCACCUGUGGCUGGGCCGCAUCGAGAGGGAACUGCUGGGGCCUGCUGGGGGGCAGACUGGGGGUGGAGACACGGUGCUCUGUGCUGCAGAGAGACAGAGGUUGGAGCAGGCUGUGGUGAAGGAGAUGGCCUGGUUCAGAGACACUGCCCUGGGCCUGGAGCAACUUAAAGCCAUUACUCUGGAGCCUGAGCUUAUCUCUGCCCAACUCUAUGAACAGAAGAUCCUUGCGGUGGAGAUUCUGCAACACCAGUUCAACAUUGAGAAGAUGGUGAAGAUCUCUGAAAUCUUGCAGACAUACGGCGAGGAAGGGGAAAUACGGGAUCUGCAGACCCCGUUGGAUGCCUUACAGGAACAAUGCAACACCACGUCAGCCACCAACUCCCACGUGGUCCUGCAGCUGGAGCAUGCCCAGUCCCUCUUGGUCCAGUUCACUGAGGGCUUUGCUGAGGUGUCACCAUGGCUACAGGAAACCCAAGCACUCAUUGGCCAGCUCUCCCUGAGCACCAUUAGCUACAAGGCAUUCCGAGAACAACAGGACCUCUUACAGGGCCUAAGGGAGUCCAUAGCAGAGCAUAGACCUCUGAUAGCACGGCUGUGCUCGCUGGGGAAGCGUCUGUCAGAGCUUAGCCCCGCCCAGGGGGAGGAGUUCUGUCAUAGCGCCGCGGAGGCUGAGGAGCAGCACAGGGCCAUCAGGGACAGGGUCAGAGAGGCUGCCAAUCUGCUGGAAGAGUCCCUGCCAAGAUACACACAGUUGAAUGAGAGGAUGACGCUGAUUAGAGAGAGUCUGGACCGUCUGCUUGGCCACAUGCAGUCUCCAGUCUCUCUUCAGGGCCAUACCCCGCGCAUCCAGGAGCAGCUACAGGACAACAAGCACAACCUGGCUGAGCUCUCCAAGCUGGAGCUGGGGCUGGGGAGUGUCCGGACCCAGGCUGACGAGCUCCUGGCCAACACGCUGGCAGCGUGGGACGCCUCCAUCGGUACAGCGAUCCAGGAGCAGGUGUCCAGCCUGACCCAGCUGUGGGAGGAGGCUCAGAGGCAGGCUCAGGAGAGAGAUGGCUGGCUGCUCAACCUGCUGGACCUGGCCCUCAAGUUCUGGAGCGAUGUUAGUGAUGUGUCGGCCGGCCUGAACGAUGCCCAACAGGCUGUCCUGGACCUGAACGCCAGUAGGACAGACUCAGAGACCAUCCGCCAGAGCCUGGAGACCAUGCAGACACUCAGGAAGGACAUUGACAGUCUACAGGGGGAGCUGGACACGCUUGGCAUUCUGGGAAUGGACCUGAUGUCAGCAUGUGGGGAUACAGACAAACCUGACGUCACCAAGAGCCUAGAUGAGCUCUACUGCACAUGGAACAACCUGAGUAAACUCUGGAGUGAGUGUCACAAAAAGCUGGAGGAAUCUUUACAGAUGGCUCUACAUUACCAGGACACCAUACAGGGGCUUUUCGAGUGGCUCAAGUCAGCAGAGCUGAGAUCCACAGAGAAGUUCUUGGUAGGAACUGACCUGGAGUCAGUCAAAGAGCAGCUGUGUGAUCUCAAGGAGUUUAAACGGGAGCUAUACCAGAAGAAGAUCGAGAUGGAGAGCCUGAGCCACCGCUUCGUGUGCAGGCUGUCUCCAGGCUCGGAGCGUCCCGGAUCUGUCUCUCCCCUGUGUGACUUCAGACAGCGCUGGGACAGCCUGGAGGCAGAGACCGUCAGCAGACAGCAUCAGCUGGAGUGUGCCCUGCUGGGUCUGGGUCAGUUCCAGAACACUCUGGAUGAGCUGCACACCUGGCUCUCCCACACAGCCGACCUCCUCCAGUGCAGUCGGCCAAUCAGCAUCGACCUGCAGGCAUGCGAGAUAGAGCUGGUCAAACACAAGGUGCUGCGUAAUGACGUCAUGUCCCACGUGCGUACGGUGGAGUCUUUGAACCAGGCGGGGCGGGGCCUGUUGGAGGUGGGGACUGGGGAUAGCCCUCACGGUCUGCACCCGCGGCUGGAGCAGCUGAACGAACGCUGGGAGUUUGUCCGCUGUGAGACAGAGCGCAGACAGCUACAGCUGGAGAACAACCUCAGUCAGGUCCAAGAUGUUACCAUGGAGAUCCAGGACCUUCUUCAGUGGUUGGAGAACACAGACCUGAGGCUGUCCUCCAGUAAGACAGUGUGGGGGAUGCCUGACUCUGCCAGCGAGAGGCUCAACGCACAUCUGGAAUCACAGAGGCUCUUUAAGGCGAGGCUUAAACUCUGCUCCUCAGAUGAACACUCGGCCCUGCAUGCAGGACACAGCGGAUUCUCCAUAUCCUUCCAGGAUUUCCGCAGACACUCCUCACAGAAGCUGUGGCUGCAUUUGAGGACCACGGGGUUCCUGAAGAUGUCACAGCACACGGGACAAGAGAGGUGCCCCUCCAAGAUAGACAAACUGGCAGCCAUUCUCUUUCACACACAGGGAUCGUCUGUGCAGUUCCUUCCUCGUCGACGUGAGCCGUGGCUGGAUCAAAGGGCAGCCAGGAAGCUAGGAGCCCUUAUUAGGGCUGAGGAUGGCUGUCAAUCCCCCGAGGUUCUAAAUGAGCUUCGGCAGUUUGACAUAGUGUUCUCUCUUACUAUUCUCCCCGGGACUAGUCUCCGUGACAGACGCCUUCUGGAGUGCAUCAAGACCACUCCACCAGUCUCACGCCACUCUCAGGGGGUUACGGAGCUGACAGAGCUCCGUCCUGCUGCACAGACUCUGGAGGGACGGAAGGAACUGUGUAAUGAGAUGGACUCCAAGCUCCAUGCCUACACAGACGUGAGGAACGCCAUCCACAGGAUGUUGGAGAGCAGCAACGUGACCCGAGGCUCCAGUACGGAACACAGCCUCUGUAUCCUGGAGCAGAAGUGGGCUACCGUCUACGGGAAAGUACAGGACCGCAAGGCUAAGCUAACCGAAGGGUUGAGCCUGGCGAAGGAGUUCCACUGUAAUGUCCAGGAGCUGCUGACCAGGAUGGCCAAGUGUGAGGAGGCCAUAGGAGUCCUGCCUGUCCCCAGCUUUGUCCUGGACACAGUCUGUGGCCAGCUUCAAGACCACCGGACUCUGGUGAGUGAGGUGAACUGUUACGGUGAGAAGAAGACAGUGGUGGAGAGUGCAGGCUCCAGGCUGGCCGAGUUGAGCAGGAAGGAGGACUGUGACGUGGUUCACAACCUGAUCAUGACCGUACACGACCGCUACAGGAAACUUCACCAGCGAGCCACAGAGAGGGGCCGAACACUAGAGGACGUCAAGAAGAAUGCAAAACAGUUCAGUGAAUCUUGGCGCCUCCUAGUGGACUGGAUGUCUGAGGUGGAGCAGACGCUGGACACACAUAAAGAGAUCGCUGUGGACUACGAGGAAAUUAAACUGCAGCUCACCGAACAGAAGGACUUCCAGAAGCUUCUGCGCUCAAAGCGACCCAUGUACGAGGCCACUCUAAAGAGUGGGCGGGGCCUCCAUGAGAGGUCUCAGAGCGCCCAGGACAGACAGCACCUGGAGAACCUGCUCUCUGAGCUCCGGGACUCAUGGGAUACCAUCAGUGGCAAAUCCAUGGAAAGGCAACACAAACUGGAGGAAGCACUGCUGUUUUCAGGCAGAUUCACAGACGCCCUUCAAGCCCUGAAUGACUGGUUAUACAGAGCAGAGCCACAGCUGGCUGAUGACGUACCUGUCGGUGGGGAAAAAGACAUGGUCAACAAUCUGAUCGACAAGCACAAGGUGUUCCAGAAGGAGUUGGGGAAGCGAGCCGGGUGCAUUAGGACCCUGAAACGCUCGGUGAGGGACCUGACCAGGAGCAGCACUGCUGAUGCCCAUUGGUUGCAGGAGCAAAUGGACGAAUUGGAGGCACGCUGGGAGGACGUGUGUAAACUGUCCGUAUCCAAGCAGGCCAGGCUGGAGGCAGCCCUUCAACAGGCUGAGAAGUUUGACAGGUUGGUCCACUCCUUCCUGGAGCAUCUGGCGGAGGCAGAGAGGGUGCUGAGGUACGGGGUCAUCCCUGAGGAGGAGGAAGCUCUGCUGGCCUUCCGCAAACAACAUGAGGAGUCAAUCACUUCCCUGCGCUCCCAGGAGAUGGAGCUAGAGAGCAUCCGGUGUCUGAAUGAGGAAAUCCUGUCCUCCUGUCACCCAGACUCCAUCAUCACACUCAAGUCCUGGAUCAGCGUCACCAAGACCCGCUACGAAGAGGUGCAGACUUGGGCCCAGCAGCAGGGCCAGAGGAUCCAGGCCAGCCUGUCUGCUCUGGAGGCUGAGCGGGAGAAGCUACAGCGCCUACUGGACUGGAUCUCAUCCGCCGAGGAGGCCCUCAACCUCAGAGACCAGGAGCCACCGGCUGAGAGCAUAGAACACAACCAGGAACUCAUCGUCCAACACAUGGUAUUCAUGGAGGAGCUGAACCGAAAACUACCAGAGGUUGAACAUGCCACACAGUCCUGCAAACAGAAGCUGAUCCCCAAACAGCAGGCUUCACCGUGCCGCAAGGCACUGACAAAGAGGAGGAGCACUCUGAAACUCCAGCCUACACUAGUCCCUCUCCCUCUGGAGAACCUGGACCCUCAGACCCCUCAGCUGUGUCAGCUGGUCAGCCACUGGCAGAAACUCUGGCUCCUGGCUCUGGCCAGACAGGGCCGCCUAGAGCAGCACGAGCAGGGACUCCAAGAGAUGGAGGAAUUUGCGAAUUUCGACUUCAACGUCUGGCGCAAGCGCUACAUGCAGUGGAUCAGCCACCUCAAGUCUCGGAUCCUAGAUGUGUUCCGAAACAUCGACAGGGACCAGGACGGACGAAUCAGCAAGAAGGAGUUAAUCGACAACGUCCUGGCAUCCAAAUUCCCCACCAACUCCCUGGAGAUGAAUGCGGUGGCCAAUAUCUUUGACAUGAAUGGGGACGGCUUCAUUGACUACUAUGAGUUUGUGAGUGCCCUCCAUCCCAGCCGGGAUCCCUACAGGAGGACGCUAGAUGCAGAUCAGAUCAACGAGGAGGUGGGUCGACAGGUGUCUCAGUGCAACUGUCCCAAGAGGUUCCAGGUGGAGCAGAUCAGUGCCAACCGCUACAGGUUUGGGGAUUCUCAACAGUUGCGGAUGGUGCGUAUCCUGCGCAGUACCCUGAUGGUACGGGUGGGAGGAGGCUGGACAGCACUUGAUGAAUUCCUGGUCAAGAACGACCCUUGUAGAGUGAAAGGUCGGACGAACCUAAAGAUAAAGGAGAAGUACUUGUUCGACAACUCUCGGAGAGGAGGCUCGUCUAAAACCCUGACAGUCAGCAGGUCCAACUCCAGCCUGAGUCUCUACAGCAGCGCCUCGGCCCCAAGCAGCCCCCUAACACGCAAGGCCUUACUGCGGAGGAGUCUCUCAGGCGACCGCUGCAUCCGGCCCAGGAGCUCCAUAGCUGCUCUGGGGUCAGAUCUACAGUUCUCCACUGCGGGGGAUGACGAUUCUCUUUCACCAUCAGGUGUGUACAGUAAAUAA